AGUCUAGCUCACAGUAUGAAGCUGUUGAUCUUUUGUGUGAUUUUGAUUGCUACACAUACUGGAGCACAACUUGUGGACAAAAAGAUUUGUUUCACUCAGUGGUUUGACCGGGACAAUCCUAGUGGGAAAGGAGAUUAUGAAACCUUGAGUAAUUUGAGAUCAGAAUAUCCAAGAAAGAUCUGCACCAAACCUCUGAGCAUUCAAGCUGCAACACUCACUGGUGUUACUGCUGAAAGCAUUGGACAAGUGUUUCAAGCGUAUGACACAGUUACUGGCUUUGCCUGUGUAAAUUCUAACCAAAGGAAUGAAGAAUGCUGUUUGGACUAUAAAGUGCGUUUUGGCUGUCCAUGCCCUUGGCCCCCAAUCAAGCCUAUAUUUGCUGCAUUGGAGGAAGACCUAGUCUUGGCAAAUGAAACUCUUUCUUAAAUUCUGCUCAUAUGCAUGCUUUGUUUCUUCUGCCAUUUUAUACUAUUCAAAAUUCUUUCAUAAGGGCUUUGGUUCUGUUUAAAAUGUCAGUCAGUUAGUCUUGUUUUUGGAGAUGUUUUCCUAGGCCUUACUAUGGUGAUGGAAUGUAAAAUAUUCUUGUAUGCUGUUCUUAUUAUGAAUGAAAUAAAGCAAACUAAUUAAAUUUAAA